AUGGUGUUUGACCCUGCCUAUAUUGCAGCUAUCAUCAUUUACUUGUCAGCACUUAUUGGCACGGUAGGCAACUUGGUCAUCCUUUUUGCCUUCAUCAGCAAUGCAAUCCGGCACAAAGUCCUUCAGCCCUUGGACAAAAUUAUCAUCAAUAUGGCCCUGGUGAACCUCUUGCUGUGUUGCUACAAGGAAAUCCCCGGACUCCUCUUCUUUACCAACACCAAGAUUUUCGGAGAGCAGGCGUGUCGGGUCCUUCUCUACACUUACCAUAUGCUGAGGCUGAUCAGCAUCUGGUCGGUGGAGAACUUGAGUUUCCUUCAUCUGAUCAAAAUUCAGAGACCGAACCACCGCUGGUCAAAAUUCAUCUACAGGCACCAGGGGCAGUACGUGAACAGCAUCCUUGUGGGCUGCUGGAUAUUCAGCAUCCUCUUCCACAUCCCUUACCUUCAAUAUGACGAAGAGAUGGAGAAAAACAACAACCGGACCAUCAUAUAUCUAGGGGCCACCUCCUGCACCAGUUCCACUGGGAAGUUCCUCACGAAGUUCACCACAUACAGCUCAGUCAGUUUGGAUCUCAUCGUCAUCAUCCUUGUGAUCAUCUUGAAUGGCUUCAUCAUUGACCUUCUCUGCAAACACAGGAGAAAAGUGAGGGCAAUCUCGACCGCGGACAGCGGCUGGAAUAAACACACAGCUCAGGCCACAAAAAUCUUGCUUUCAUUGCUGUCCAUCUAUGUUGUCUGCUGGAUCUCCAGUGACAUGGUCUGGAUUGCCAUUGUUUCAGGACUCAUCGAGAGCAAUUUUGAACACAGCAUCCUCAACAGUUACUAUGGACUUCUCUCCUCUAUUUAUUACUCUGCCAGCUCCUAUGUGGUGGUGUUUGGAUACCGUAAAGUCAGAGAAUACCUGAAUGAAGCUUGCUGGUGCCUGAAAUGCAAGAAGUCCAUGGUUGUUCAGACCGUGGAAUAG